UCCGCUGGAUUAUUCAACUGAUGGAGCUUCUGUUGCAGUACAGCUUUCCAGAGAGUAAAUGGUAGAUUUGGGGUCAGCAGAGCUAGGAGAGAGUCGCUCUCAAAAUCCGACUUCAUCCUUUUUAAACAAACGAUUUUUAGGGUAAAACUUACUGGAGCAUAAAGUUGACACUUCACUCUUUUUAUCGAGCCUAGUAUUUUGAUAGUCACCUAUUCGGAAUGUUUGAAAACGACUGGUGAAAAUUAGAUAGCUACUGUGAAGGGAAUUAGCAAGCUAGCAAGCUGUUUAAGGGGAUUCUGACUGGGACAGACAGAAGAAUUGACUGAUAACAAAGGACACAUUUUCGUUGGGUUUUUGGCUUUUACCGAACAUAUAUAAUUUUAAUAAGUCCUGUUCAAGCUAGCCUUAUUGCUAGCUUUGUUAUUUAGUCGUUUAUCAUGGAAUUGAGAGUAGGAAACCGAUACAGACUGGGAAGGAAGAUUGGCUCUGGAUCCUUUGGUGACAUUUAUUUGGGGACAGACAUCUCUGUGGGGGAAGAAGUAGCCAUCAAGCUAGAAUGUGUGAAAACGAAGCACCCACAGCUGCACAUCGAGAGCAAGAUCUACAAGAUGAUGCAAGGAGGCGUCGGUAUUCCAACAAUCAAAUGGUGUGGAGCAGAGGGAGAUUACAAUGUGAUGGUGAUGGAACUGCUGGGACCCAGUCUGGAGGAUCUCUUCAACUUCUGCUCUCGCAAGUUCAGCCUUAAGACUGUUCUUCUGCUGGCUGACCAGAUGAUCAGCCGUAUUGAGUACAUCCACUCUAAGAACUUCAUCCACAGAGAUGUCAAGCCAGACAACUUCCUUAUGGGCCUGGGGAAGAAAGGCAACCUUGUUUACAUCAUUGACUUUGGCCUGGCCAAGAAGUACAGAGAUGCUCGCACUCACCAGCACAUCCCUUACCGCGAGAACAAAAACUUGACUGGAACUGCUCGCUAUGCUUCUAUCAACACUCAUUUGGGAAUAGAGCAGUCCAGACGAGAUGACUUGGAGUCUCUUGGCUAUGUGCUCAUGUACUUCAACCUGGGAUCUCUGCCAUGGCAGGGUCUGAAGGCGGCCACAAAGAGACAGAAGUAUGAGCGCAUCAGUGAAAAGAAAAUGUCCACUCCUAUUGAAGUCCUGUGCAAAGGAUACCCAUCUGAGUUUGCCACAUAUCUCAACUUUUGCCGCUCCCUUCGUUUUGAUGACAAGCCCGACUACUCUUACCUGAGACAGCUCUUUAGGAACCUUUUCCACCGGCAGGGCUUUUCAUACGACUACGUUUUUGACUGGAAUAUGCUCAAAUUCGGUGCAAACAGAGCAGCAGAAGAUCCAGAGAGAGAGCUGAGGGAUCGGGAGGAAAGAUUGCGGCAUGGGCGGAAUCCCACUGCCCGUGGCAUGAUGCCUUCUGGCUCAGGUAGACCCAGAGGAACACAAGAAGUAGCACCGCCCACCCCCCUCACGCCAACCUCGCACACAGGAAUGGAGCGAGAUAGGAAGGUUAGCAUGAGAUUGCACCGCGGAGCCCCUGUCAACAUUUCCUCCUCUGAUCUAACUGGCCGACAGGACACCUCACGCAUGUCCACGUCACAGAAUAGCAUUCCUUUUGAUCAGCACGGCAAGUAGAUGCUCGCCAUGUUCUGAUGUGAAAUGCAGCAUUGGGCUCUUUCUCGUGUCACCCCAAGUGGCCUGCAGUCUGCCGUACCUCGAUGAGACCCUACGCACGCCUCAAGAGCAGACCAACCUACAGUCCUGAUCUGCACUAGUACUUCUCCAGCAGCCUCUAUCCAUGUGAAAUCAACCUCAGCAAAUCAAAUCUAAAAAGAAACUUUAUUUCCUCCUUCCUCUCAAUGCAAUUAAAUACUCUUGAGAGUUACACAAACUCAAGAAAUGGACAGUUUUAUUUGUUUUGGCACAUCACGCUCAAACAUGUUCACACCUACACAUGCACACAACUUAAGACACCUAGGCACAUAAAUGGUGCUUGUUAACAUUGCUUUCUGUCAGAAGAUCACUGGCGGAGGGACGGGGGUCGUGAUUCUUUGGCCAUCGCUGCAUUUGACUCAAUACACCACCUGCCGUCCAGGGUCCUUUUCACAAAUGGAGCAUUUUGGCUGAAGCCACGUACAACUGCUCUGAUACUCCGGCUCACCUUCUCCUGUUGCAAAAAAAAUCACUUUGAAACAGCUUGGAAUGCAGCUGUCCUGAUAGCCAUUGACAUUUUGCUUACCUUUAACCUUUUUAAUUGGCCUUUUGUUUGUGUACAACAGAUUAAAUUGAUUUCACACUGGCUUCAGUCGUUUGCAGGUGAAUCUUUUUCUCUUAUUUUUUUUUUGUUUAACAGCAUUAAAAAGCUUACUGAAAAUGACAUGCAGAAUUAAAUGGAUUUGAAAGCCUGUCAGUUCAUGUGGCAGGAUGAAGGCUAUGUCCUUUUUAUGUAUUUUUAUAGUUUAUCAUGUGAAAGGCUUCUCAUGUUUAAGAAACAUACAGCAAAACAAAGGUUUGUAAAUGGCACCACAAUACCACCAUCUUACCAUUACAAAUUAAAAUGAGAUAUUUUUUUUUUUUAGUCAUUUUUUUAUUUAUUUGCACCAAACAAACUGGCCCACUUUAUCAACUUGCUCAUUGAUUUUAUUGCAUUCCCUUAAGCUUUUCGUUUGUUUCUUGAAAGCUGUGAAAUGCCUGUGUUGUAGAGAUGUUGAUGUUAUUAAUGUUGCUCUGUUUCUUUUAAUUCCCCUCCCCCCAAACUAAGGUUAGUACUUUUAAAACAAAGGGGUGCAUACAUGGCUGGAUUAAGACUGUUGGACAGUGUCCACAUCUUUCUAAACCGAGGGUAUGAACAUAAAAAAUCUUGUUCUAACCUGAGACUUCAACAUACUGUAUAUUGAGAGAGACUGGCACGUUGUUUGUUUAAAUGUGCAUUUGGGUUCAGAAAUGGAUGUCCCGAGCCCAGCUUGUCUCAAUUCAAAUUACACCAGCCAUCAUUGAAGCCAUUUUUAUUUAUUUUUUUGACUGACUCUUUUAGAAAUUGAGAUGCAAGAUUUUCUUUUUCAAUCUUUAUUUACAGAGUAUUACUUACUACUUUCCCCUUGUUUCAGAAGUGUGACUCCUUGACUUACUGGUGCUGUAAGUCACAGAGGAAGUGGAUGGCAACCUGUCUUUCCAUAUCAUUCUGCAUUGUAGAGCGUAGGCUUUUUCUGUACUCAUGUGGGGGGUGGGGGGCUAGUGAAAUUCUGUUGUCAUGUAUAUAGGAUGUUUCUAGUGAUGGCAAAGUACAAUUUUUCAUAGCCACUGUCUGUGUGUGUGUGUAUGUAUUGUGAGUAUGGGAAAAGGCUAGUGAUUAGAGAGGUGAGAGGGACUUUGUACCGUUCUAGAUUUGCUCAGUUAGUAUUCUUUUAUCUUCACUGGUGGUCUCACGGAAACACUUGCUCCAGUAAUGUUGUUUGUUUUAAUGUAGGCACAAGAACUCUCUUGUCUGGGAUUGACCAUCAUUUUCUGGUUCAUUCUACACAUGACUGCUUGGCCAGUCCUUCGUCAUCACACAAGCAUCACACUGUGCUGUAUCGGGUGAAAUUAUGGAAAUCUUCCUUCCCUGGGAGAUUUUAUUUCUCAUUUGUAUUGCCACUGUAUUUGUGUAUUUUAAAAUGUGUAAAUAAAUUAAUAAGUACUUGUUA